AGCUGUUUUUCAAAAACAUACGACAAUAUUGGUCUACUUGUACCGGCCUGCUGAUGGCGUCCGUGGCUGUGAUUGCUGGGGUGCUGGUCGGACUUAUACUGGCUUUGAUUGCAUUAACAAUACUUCUGUAUUGUUUGUGUCUUAGAAGAAAAGAUGAAAAGGACGAUGGAAGCAGAGUACAGCAUCAAUCCGAAAGUGAAUAUUUUGAGGCUGUCGACUUCGCGAAGAUCAGGAAAAACAACAUGCAAGGAGAUGAACAUAUCCGAAAUCUGAAUCCUUCGUCAGAAACUCAAACAUCUGUAACACCUAAAGACACGACAGCAAGUCAUGUUGAAUAUUAUAACUUUAUACAAAGGAACACAGACAGCUCAGUGACAGUUGAUGACACUAAAACAAACAGUGGUGUAAGUAUAAAAGAAGAGAAAUGUUCCCAAUACCAAAGUGAUUGUGGGUAUGUAAACAACACUCUUGUAAAUAAUACCGAAGAUGUCAAGAGUGAUACAUGCGAUAAGCGAACAACACAAAUACAAAAAACAAUUGGACAUGUCGACGACUGUAAGCAUGUGAUAGAUAGUGGAACAGAACGAAAGAACCAGGAACAACAUCGCACGAAUUCGCCGGAAGCUGAUACUUACUUUAUUUUGGAGAAUACUACUUCCGCUUCCGCCAUGAACGAAAAAGACAUUUCCCAGACAGACACGUGUGUGAACGGUGUCAGCAUUGUGCAAACACUCUAUAGAGAUGGUAAAGUACCCAUGUCAGACAACGUAGACAAUGUUUAUCUCAACCAGAGAAAACAUACAUUUGAUGAUCAAAAACUGGGAGAGAAGGGGAGUGAUGAUACGUAUUUUGUUUUAGAGAAAUCUUAAGUGACAAGCCGAAAUGAAUUUGUUGAACUAUAUAGUCCUGAAAUAAGUGCAUGUGGAUACUUUAGAAAUAGGCAGGCUCGGAAUGAGAAUUUUUAUUGUUUAUUUUGAAUUUUAAAAAAUGUGUCCUUUUAUUUUGAAAGGAAAUAGGAUUUAUUUUGGUAACCAAUAGCUUGAAACGUUUCA